AUGGGGGGCAACCAAACAUGGAUAAUAGGUUUCAUUUUGGUGGGAUUUCGGCUCAGCGUGGAGAUGGAAGUGUUCCUUUUCGGUAUCUUCUCCUUGAUCUACAUCUUCAGUCUGAUGGCAAAUGGCAUGAUCUUGGGGCUUAUUUAUCUGGACUCCAGACUGCACACUCCCAUGUACUUUUUCCUUACACACUUGGCCAUCCUUGACAUAUCCUAUGCUUCCAACAAUGUUCCCAAGAUGUUGGAAAACCUACUGAAACAGAAAAAAACUAUCCCUUUCAUCUCAUGUAUAAUACAGACAUUUUUGUAUUUGACUUUUGCUGCCACUGAGUGCCUGAUUUUGGUGGUAAUGUCCUAUGACAGGUAUGUGGCAAUCUGCCACCCCCUCCAGUACACUGCCAUCAUGAGCCAGAGAGUGUGCACUAUCCUGGCCAUAGCUUCUUGGGUAUGUGGAUUUAGCCUGGCCCUGGUACAUGCAAUUCUCCUCCUAAGGCUGCCCUUCUGUGGACCUCAUGAAGUGAACCAUGUCUUCUGUGAAAUCCUAUCUGUCCUCAAACUGGCCUGUGCUGACGACACCUGGAUCAACCAACUGGUCCUCUUUGUUGCUUCUGUGCUUGUCUUAGUUGGGCCCCUAUUCAUGAUGCUAGUCUCCUAUACACUCAUCCUUUGGACCAUCCUGAAGAUCCAGUCAGGGGAGGGCCGCAGAAAAGCUUUCUCCACCUGUUCCUCACACCUCUGUGUGGUUGGGCUCUUCUUUGGCAUAGCUAUGGUGGUUUAUAUGGUCCCAAACUCGAAUCAACGAGAGGAGCAGGAGAAAAUGCUGUCCUUGUUUCAUAGCCUCUUCAACCCAAUGCUGAAUCCCCUAAUUUACAGCUUGAGGAAUGCUCAAGUGAAGGGGGCCUUCUACAGGGUGUUGCAGAAGAAGAGGUCCAUGAGGUGUGACUUCAAUGUUGACUGCUAA